CAGGCCGUUGACUUCUCCAUAAGCUCGAGAAAGGACCAUCCCCACGACAGGAUGAACCCUUGGGGGCCAAGAGUUCCGUCAGGCCCAGCCCAGGAGCCCAGCUGUGUGGCCACCCCAGCCUCAGCCAGCAGGUGGAACAGCUCCCCGGCCAGCGCCUCCAGCCUGGGCGAGCUUCCUCCCAGCAGCCCCACGGCAGCCAGGGCUCAGACUGCUGCCUGGGUCCCCUUCCCCACGGUCGAUGUUCCGGACCAUGCCCACUACACCAUGGGCACAGUGAUCCUGCUAGUGGGGCUCACGGGGAUGCUGGGCAAUCUGAUGGUCAUCUACAUCUUCUUCAGGAGCAGAGGACUCCGGACCCCCGCUAACAUGUUCAUCAUCAACCUUGCUGUCAGUGAUUUCCUCAUGUCCUUCACCCAGACCCCCAUCUUCUUCGCCAGCAGCCUCUAUAAACGGUGGCUCUUUGGGGAGACAGGCUGUGAGUUCUAUGCCUUCUGUGGAGCUCUGUUUGGCAUCACCUCCAUGAUUACCCUCACGGCCAUCGCCCUGGACCGCUACCUGGUGAUCACACGCCCACUGGCCACCAUCGGUGUGGUGUCCAAGAGGCGGGCAGCGCUUGUCCUUCUGGGCAUCUGGCUCUAUGCCCUGGCUUGGAGUCUGCCACCCUUCUUUGGCUGGAGUGCCUACGUACCCGACGGGCUGCUGACGUCCUGCUCGUGGGACUACAGGAGCUUCACACCCUCGGCCCGCACCUACACCAUGCUCCUCUGCUGCUUUGUGUUCUUCCUCCCCUUGCUCAUCAUCAUCUACUGCUACGUCUUCAUCUUUAAAGCCAUCCAGGAGACAGGCCGGGCUCUGCAGACCUUCGGGGCCUGCGAGGGGGCCAGUGAGUCCCCACGGCAGUGGCAGCGGCUGCAGAGUGAGUGGAAGAUGGCCAAGAUCGCACUGCUGGCCAUCCUACUCUUCGUGCUCUCCUGGGCCCCCUACUCCACCGUGGCCCUGGUGGCCUUUGCAGGGUACGCACAUGUCCUGACACCCUACGUGAACUCAGUGCCUGCCGUCAUUGCCAAGGCCUCUGCCAUCCACAACCCCAUCAUUUAUGCCAUCACCCACCCCAAGUACAGAAUGGCCAUUGCUCAGCACCUGCCUUGCCUGGGGGUGCUGCUGGGAGUGUCAGGCCAGCGCACCCGCCCUUACACCAGCUACCGCUCCACUCACCACUCCACCCUGAGCAGCCAGGCCUCUGAACUCAGCUGGAUCUCCGGACGGAGGCGCCAGGCAUCCCUGGGCUCUGAGAGUGAGGUGGGCUGGACGGACACAGAGGCAGCAGCUGCAUGGGAGAGUGCCCAGCAAGUGAGCGGACGAGCCUCCUGCUAUCAGGACCUGGAGCACAUGGAAGAUUACACCCCUCCCAGGCCCCAGCAAUGGAGACCAGAGACUCCCAGGAAGGUGACUGGGCCUGACCCCUGCCAGUGUGUACAGGGGUGGAGAGAAUGGGCAAGUAGCCCAGGGAGUGGCCAGGAAAGGGGCCCUUGUUCUCAAGGGCAGGCCCAGUACCCUCUGGGAAUUGCCCCCUCCCUGCACCUGCCAGCUUUCCCUUGGCUGACUGGGGGGUCUGGGGGCCUGUGUGACUCCAAGAUGCUCUGA